AUGUUCGAAGAUCGUCUUCUGCUCCUGCAGAACCUGGGCAAGGUCGACCGGACUCUCGACGAUAUAUUCGAAGAGCACCUACAGAAUUUCAACCGACAGCACCAGCAGUCCACCAGGUUGCAGAAGGAGUUCAACAAUUACAUAAGAUGUAUACGAGCGGCGCAGACAGCUUCGAAGUCGCUGAUGGAAGCGAUCACGGAGGUUUACGAGAGCGGCUGGUCAGGUCACGACCUGCUGUACGUCCAAGCUCAGAACAUGGAGGUCCUUUGGCAGGACUUCUCGCACAAACUCGGCGACCAAGUACUCAUACCGCUCAACACGUAUACGAACCAGUUCCCCGAAGUCAGGAAAAAAAUCGAGAAACGUGGUCGCAAACUCGUGGACUACGACAGUCAAAGGCACAGCUUCCAGAACUUACAGGCGAAUGCCGCUAAAAGAAGGGACGACGUAAAGGUGACGAAGGGACGCGAACAGCUCGAAGAGGCCAAACGCACCUACGAAAUAUUGAACUCCGAACUGCACGACGAGCUGCCAGCGCUGUACGACUCCCGGGUAUUGUUCUACGUCAACAACUUGCAAACACUCUUCUCUGCCGAGCAGGUCUUCCAUUUCGAAAGCUCCAAGGUGUUCGCUGAACUAGAAGCAGUAACGGACAAGCUAGCGAACGACUGUCAGCGCGGCUCGUACACGAAGAAGGCGAACAACGUGUCCCCUCCCCCGCUGCCCGCGCUCCCCGCCGCCCCCGCGCACAACGGGAACGCCGCGCACACCAACACCGUGCAGACGCCCCCCUCCCCCGCGCUCAACGGCGACUCCCCCACGCUCUCCGGGAACAAAGAGUCGGCUCCGGUCAAAGAGACCGCACCGGACCCUAAAGACCUCGAAACGCCCAUCAAAGAACCAGCUCCGGUCGCCAAAGAACCCGUCUCGGUUGCCGAAGAACCAACGCCGAUCAACAGCGAAACCGUUAAACCCGAGACUCCGCCCCCCACAAUCGAAACGACCAAUAGCAGCGAGCCCGCAACGGACAACAAAGUCGAACAGCUUUACGACAUACCCGUCGGACCUACUACAGUCGUCGAGAAAAUGAAUAAUAACGAAGAAACAAAUAAACAUACAAAUGUCGAACAGAAUUUAAUCGAGAAGAACGAAAAGCGAAACAGUGAGAACGCCGAGGAGGUAUACGACAUACCAGUCGGAGCGACGCUAGCCGGCCUGCCGCCCGGCGUGCUGUAUCGCGUGCGAGCCACAUACCGGUACACGCGCGAGGAUUCGGACGAGCUCUCGUUCGAAGUCGGCGACAUCAUACGCGUCGUCGAAUACGACGAUCCCGAUGAACAGGAAGAGGGCUGGCUGAUGGGCAUCAAAGAAACGACCAAUGAAAAAGGAAUGUUCCCGGCGAACUUCACGCGGCCGAUCUGAAGCUAACACGAGCGAACGCGCUUCGCUUCGUCGAGCCAGUGGACGGUAAGCUUUAUCGAUCGAACCGUAGUUGUAUGAAAAUUUUGUAAAUUUGAAAUACCAAUUCCUUGGUCCCAAUCGUAAAGGUGACUGAAGACCUCUAAAUUAACAAUGCACAAUGAGAUUUAAUUGACUAAUGAUUGAUAAAGCUUUAUUGUCCUUUCAAAGUUCGGUACAUCAUUUUUGUAUGUAUGUAUGAUUAACUCGGUCUGUUGUUUGCAAUGAAAGUAUGAAUGUCUCCACUGAAAUUAUUUAGUAAAUUGAAACGCAUUCAAGGCGACGCGUUUAGUCUUAAUUCAAUUUGAUAAUUAAUUAACCAACAGCAAAGAUUGUGUUUUUUGAUAAAUUAAAAAUCAAAGAAACGUUUUUUUUUCUUCAAUUUUUAACAUUUCACAUGUGUCGUAUGAAUAGUUAUGAUUUUGAUUUUAUUGUCAUCUAUAUUAUCAGCAAUCAUAAUGUGUUUAUUUAUAUAUUACAUCUAUUAAAUUAAUUCGAAUAAAAAUCGUGUUAACCUAGUUUAGUUUGUUGAAUGUUUAUGAACAACAUGUAUAUUUAAUUAUGAAUAAUAUGAUUAUUUUGUUUGAGAUCAUAAAGAAACAUUAAAGCAUUUUAUUUAAAAAAAAAAACUUAAAUCGAAUAGCGCUUUUGACUAAGAUUUCCUAAACGGUCAGCCAUUAUUGUGAAUAAAGAUUGUUCGCCAGGUUUUAUACUAAAUGUGUAAUAUAGUUAUUUUUUAAAUAUCAUGUUACUUAGAUUUCACAAUAACGAAGGACUGUCUUCGUAUAGAAAACAUUUUUGAUUAAUAAAUUGUCAUUAAUGACAGGUGUCAAAGGUGUUACUGUAAAAAUAUUCUAAAUAAUAUAAUAUUAUAAUAUAAUAAUUUGCUCAUUAGAAAGUGACCUUAUAAUUAAUGUUUAAAUUGGAGUAAUCAAAAUAAUAAAAAGAAUAGCGUUGAGAUUUAUAAAAAACGAAAGUUUUAAUAUUUAUUUAUUUCAGUAUUAAUAAAAAAAUUAUACUUUAAAGAUGUCAUGUUUUCUAACGAAUUUUUGUGAUUAAUAUAAUUUCACUUCGAUUGAAUUUAUUUCACAAUUUUAUGUAAUGGUAAUAAAUAUUACAACUGAAAAGAAACAGUUCUCUGUGCUGGGAUUGAAAACAAAACACUUCUAUAUUUCCAUCACGUCCGUGCAUUUCGUUUUGUUUGCAUUUCGAAAAAAAAAAAAACAUUUUUCCAUAUUCCCUAUUCACGAGUCACAAUCUUUAACGAAUACAGAUAGAUGAUCUAAAUCCAUAUACUAAAAGAUAUAUAUUGUAAAAUUUAACUUUCAAACAAAACCUGCUACGGGAUAUUUUGAACGGAACCCGUAUUAAUUAGUCUGAUAGAAAAGUUCAAUUGAUGUCAAGGUUUUGACUGAAUCUUCAAAAUAUAAUGUAACGUAGUUUAGACGCAAGCUAAAAAAAUUCAAAAUUUCUUGUAAACGUUUUUAUCCAUUGACUUUUUUCAUAAUUUAUCGCUAAUAAAAAGAAUUCACAAGAUUUAUGGUAGGUACUCGUAGGAGCAUACUUUGUUUUCACUAGAUUUACCGCAUUCUCUGUUAUAACUGUUUAGUGAAUUGAAUACUAACCAUUGUUAUUUUAAUGUUAUUAUGCUUUUAAUUGAUAAUCAUAUAUUUAUAGGUGGUUUGGAACUCAAACGUGCAUAAGUUUCAAUAAUGAAAUGUUGAGUUCCACAGCACCUAUCACGUAUGAUUGGUUGUUUGUACCCAGAACAAAAACUGAUAUUAGAACGCCAGUGUAAAACGAGGUGCUUUAAAAAUGUACAUAUAAUAUACUCCCCUGUGUAUGUACAUUAAUAGAAUAAGGAUUGAUUGAUUUGUAAUGUGUUCCAAUUUUAAUUAUUUUUUACAUUAAAAUGUUAUGUUUUUUUUUCCUGGUAACAUUUUUCGUAAUCUUUCUUAAUUCAAAAAUUUUAUUAGUAAUUAUUUAAUAUAACGAACGUAUAUCUUCCUCCAUGUAUACAUAAUAUGUUAAUGCCAAAACUGUAUUGUAUAGAUGUGGCCUUAUUUAUGGCGAUUGUCAAUGUUGUUGUAAAUGACUGAGGAAUUUUUGAAAUUUGGAAUUUUUACGUAUAGAUACAUUUAUAUUGUUGUGGCGAUAUUAUCAGCAGUGCCAUGCGAGGUCCAUAAUUUUUAAUAUAACUUAUAGUUUUGUUAGGACUUGUACAGUUUUACAACUGCAAAUAAAAUAUUUCUCACAAAAAAAAAA